AUGUCAUUCAAAUGUCUAAAAAAGCUAACUAAUUUUCACCCCGUUGAAGCCCUCUUUUACUCAUCCCAGAGUUACAAUUGCAAGAAUGCAAAAGUGUCAUCCACCUUUGACGAGUUGCAUCGACAUAUGAAGAGUCCACAGUGCCCAGUGAAUCCAAUCUCAAAUUACUAUGUCGUCGGAUGUGUUGACCGAAUAUCAAACAAUCUUAAACACUAUACCGUAGUGAUCGCAGUCGCUCCAGUGAUUAUUGCUGUCAUCGAAGUGAUAGGCGUUAUCCUUGCCAGUGCUCUUGCUCAUGAGGUCAAACAGGACGUGGAACGAUUAUACUACUAG